UUUAGCCUGUAGCCUGUAGCCUUGGAGAGCUAUCAGUGCAGCUCUUCUCCUUGAGCUGCGGCUUCAGACCAAACUUUGAGUCGAGUCGUUGGGACGAGGCGCAGAGGAGCAGAGGAGACCGCAGAGCACCUAAAACACCAGCGAUGACAACCAAGAAGCCGCAGAGCCUUCUCCGAGAGGCUUCCCAUCAGAUUAUAGCCGGUGGUUCCGCCGGACUGGUGGAAAUUUGCUUGAUGCACCCCCUCGACGUGGUGAAGACUAGGUUCCAGAUCCAGACAGGAACCAGCGACCCCAACAGCUACAAGAGCCUGGGCGACUGCUUCCGGACGAUCUUCCGCAACGAAGGACUUUUUGGCUUCUACAAGGGAAUCUUGCCUCCAAUUCUGGCAGAGACGCCGAAGAGGGCAGUCAAGUUUUUCACCUUUGAGCAGUACAAGAAGCUGCUGAGUUUGACCCCUUUGUCUCCUGCGCUGGCGCUGUCUGUGGCGGGGCUCGGCUCAGGCUUGACUGAGGCCGUUGUCGUCAAUCCGUUCGAGGUGGUGAAAGUCAGUCUCCAGGCCAACAGAGAUUCCUUCAAAGAGCAACCGUCCGCUUUCGCCCAAGCAAGGCGCAUAAUUAAGUCGGACGGCUUCGGACUGAAGGGCCUGAAUAAAGGAUUAACAUCAACACUGGGACGCCAUGGAGUCUUCAACAUGAUCUACUUUGGCUUCUACUUCAACGUUAAGGAUGCCUUUCCUGCCAGCCCGAAUCCUACCCUCGAGUUCCUGAGGAAGUUCGCCAUAGGCCUAGCGUCCGGGACCAUCUCCUCCUGCGUCAACAUUCCCUUCGACGUCGCCAAGAGCCGCAUCCAAGGUCCCCAGCCUGUGCCGGGAGAGAUCAAGUACCGCACCUGCUUCCAGACCAUGGCGCUGGUGUACCGCGAGGAGGGGUACCUGGCGUUAUACAAGGGGUUGGUUCCCAAGAUAAUGAGGCUUGGACCAGGUGGAGCGGUGAUGCUGCUGGUCUAUGAGUACGUGUCUGGAUGGCUUAAGAAGAACUGGUAACAAGAGGAACAAAAAAACAGAAACGAAAGUGACCGUAGUGCCUUAAAAGUUCUGCCUCACUGCCAGUACUGUUAACUGACCACGAUAAUAUGUUUUUGUUUUUUUUAAUUUUUAAUAUACAAGUUACCAAAUCAGCAUUACAGUGACAACUUCAUCCCAGACAGUUUCUCAGGAAUUAAAAAAUGUACAAAUACGUUUUUUUUUUAAUACGAUUUUAUAGACUUGGUGAAGUUGCCUUAUGAUUAUCUGCGGCGUGCGUCCUGCUACAACGUUAUUAUUUUAGCGUGUGCACUUCUCACUGGUUUAAAAGGGGCGGAGCCUAAGAGGGGACCACCGGUUCUCCUGUGCACCAAUCAGAGUUUAGCACGUAGGCCUCAAAAUCUGAUGAUAGUUGUUGUGGCGCUGCUGGGUGGAGGGUGGAGAGGUGGAGGGUGGCGGUGGGACGCUGCCAGCCAUAUCUGAUCAGAACACACCCACACCAUCCCGAUGAAGCCGGGAAGUGUGAGCUUUCCAGUAGUCCGCUCUUAAUGUUACAUAAAUAUACUCGCCAUCUAAAAGCAAUUUCAUGGGCUCUGGCGCUGAAAUGACAUAAAAGGCGACGGGGAGGCUUGUUUGCUCUGUCUAUCUGUACUUGAACGCGCUCUAGAUUAGCCUCACUUUGUGAACCAAAGCUCUCGUGAAUCACCCAUUCAUUUCAAACCUCCAGUCUUGACAGAAACUUGUCCUGAAGGAGCAGAUCUCGGCUGCAGUACGUGGAGUGACUGACAUAAAUCUGACACAGAUCGCUGCUGUGUGUCUGAAGCAAAAAACAAAACAGCUGCUUUAAUAAGAAGAAUAACAACACUGAUAUCAUUGAGGUCUAUUGCAGGUCUUUUUUUGACAUUUUAUGGUAAUAAUAUUGUGUUAAUUUGAGUUUUUUUUAUGUCAGUUUUUAAGCUUUUGGAAAGUUACUUGCUUGUACUGGUGACAAUUAAAAAGGGAUAAAGAAACA